UCUCCGGGCUUGGGCUUGGCAGUACCACUCUGAUUUCAAAACACGGAAUCAAAGUAGUAGCUGGGAGUGAAGAAGCAGAGCACCAAUGGCGGAAGGCUUGCCUGCGCUCGGUUGGGCUGCGAGGGACGUCUCCGGUCACCUCUCUCCCUACAGCUUCUCAAGAAGCGUUCCCAAGGACGACGAUGUGACGAUCAAGGUGCUCUUCUGCGGGAUCUGCCACACCGACCUCCAUAUCAUCAAGAACGACUGGGGCAACGCCCUCUACCCCAUCGUCCCAGGGCAUGAGAUCGUGGGCGUCGUCACCAGCGUCGGCAGCGGCGUCAGCAACUUCAAGGCCGGCGACACGGUGGGCGUGGGCUACUUUCUCGACUCCUGCCGCACCUGCUACAGCUGCAGCAAGGGGUACGAGAACUUCUGCCCCACCCUGACGCUCACCUCCAACGGCGUCGACGGCGGCGGCGCCACCACCCAGGGCGGAUUCUCCGACGUCCUCGUCGUCAACAAGGACUACGUCAUCCGCGUCCCGGACGGCCUCCCCCUCGCCGGCGCGGCACCUCUCCUCUGCGCCGGCGUCACCGUGUACAGCCCCAUGGUGGAGUACGGCCUCAACGCCCCCGGGAAGCACCUCGGCGUCGUCGGCCUCGGCGGGCUCGGCCACGUCGCCGUCAAGUUCGGCAAGGCCUUCGGGAUGACCGUCACCGUCAUCAGCUCCUCCGACAGGAAGCGCGACGAGGCGCUCGGCCACCUCGGCGCCGACGCCUUCCUCGUCAGCAGUGACCCCGACCAGAUGAAGGCGGCGGCGGGCACCAUGGACGGCAUCAUCGACACGGUGUCCGCGGGCCACCCGAUCGUGCCGCUGCUGGACCUGCUCAAGCCCAUGGGGCAGAUGGUGGUGGUGGGCGCGCCCAGCAAGCCGCUCGAGCUCCCGGCCUUCGCCAUCAUCGGCGGCGGCAAGCGCCUGGCCGGCAGCGGCACGGGAAGCGUCGCACACUGCCAGGCCAUGCUCGACUUCGCCGGGAAGCACGGCAUCACCGCCGACGUCGAGGUCGUCAAGAUGGACUACGUCAACACCGCCAUCGAGCGGCUAGAGAAGAACGACGUCAGGUAUCGCUUCGUCAUCGACGUCGCCGGCAGCCACCUGCAGGGCGGCGCCGCUUAACUUGUGCUACAGAAUGUGGACGCGCGCUCGUUUGGUCGAGUAAAAGGUUCGUCGGCUCACAGCCACAUGAACAAGUCAAUGAGUCGUUGGUGUGUUGUGUAUCUUCAAAAUCGUGAUUCCGUUUUGCGAGAUGUAUUGGUAUUUUUGAAAGUCAAUUUAGUAUCUAUGAUCAAGCUUUUAUAUAAAA